CGCGACACUCCACCAUGGAAGACAGGGCCUUCAGAGAAGUCUCCGUCGUGGCAACUCACGCGCAGUUGGGCAACGACAGGUUCCCGCGGCCCGAGCGUGAGAGCAACCCUCCCCCAGCCCUUGAGUUCUGGCGGUGCAACCUGACCGGUCUUUCCCACAACCAUAACCUUUACUUCGUCGCAGCUCGCGGUUUGAUCCUUGUCUACGAGCCCACUUUUCCUGACCAGGCCCUAUCAAGCAGGCCGAGCCUAAUCCUUGACCCGCUGGGUUCCAGCGACUAUUUGUACGGAAACACCAAUAAUCCACUGGUCCCAACUGCAGCGCGCCGAUCAGUCAACCACCUCAUUGUCGAGUUCCUGGGCCUCGACGAGAUCAUGCUCGUGGCCUUGCAUGAUGGCCACGUCGUAGGCUACCGCGUGAGCGAUGUUCAGCAAGCGAUUGAGAAAAGAUCAGAGCCAGACUGUGUAGAGAGCAACAUCGGCGACGAUGUUCGACCUUUCUUCAAAGAGCAUCUGGGCGUUAGCGCUUGGGGAUUAGCAGUCCACCGAGAAGCCAGAAUGAUUGCAGCGAGUGCAAACACGCAUCGAGUGACCAUUUGGGCAUACGCCUUGACCAAGGAUGCAACGCCAGGUUCUGCAUCGUACUGGGGUCACAGGACUCACGCAAGGCGCAUAGUUUUGCCGGACACCGGAGAAAACAUCCCCAGUAUAGCUUUCUGCAACACUGGAGAUGAUCCUGCGGGUCGAUGGCUCUUGUCGAGCGAUAUCAAUGGCGUUACUCGACUAUUCGACCUUGCUCUCGGCGCUGACCACGGCCCUGUCGAGGAGCAUGCCCAUAAGUUUUGUGCACUAGCAGUACGAGAAGAUCGCAGACAAUGUGGUUGCCAUAGCCUGGACGGUGGAUAUCGAUACUAUCUACAUGCUACUUGGGGAGUGAUGUGGCUUGAUCGACGGGCUUUCAAAAAAACCGAAAACUUGGACGAGGCGUUGGACUACAACCAUGAAGGUUACAAUAACAACAUUGAGCAGUCUUAUGCCUUCUACGAUUGCAGCCAGACAACACGUUCGGUUCGCAACGCCAGUUCUAACUACAUACCAUACCAAGCCUAUCCCGUUUCUCUCACUCACCUAUCUGACCAGGAGUUGAUCGACCUAGGAUACCAUCCCGGUGUGCCUGAAAUGCAUGAAUCUGGCCCUAUCAGAGAAGGCGUGAACGAAAGAGGGCAACAAAUCAAAAGAAAACCUUUCAACCUAGCAAACGAGAUUCAUCUUGAAAGCGCCUACUCUCAACAAAUCCCCGCUUCACCAAUUCUGAGAGUGUCGGUGAAGGAUGUCUUCCUAUUACAGUCCCGAGACCGAGAAGGGAACCGGAAUCCUGCUAUAGGCUUCCAUGACCCUCUAUUCCAGCAGACUUAUCAGUUUUCUGAGUUGGACGAGGCUAUCGUACAAGAUCGGAUCAAUCUCUUUGCUCAAAUCCCAGAAUUAGGACUUGUUAUUGUAGCCUCCGCCAAAGGCCGCGCGGCGAUUAUGAGCCUGACGCAGUGUCCAGAAAAUCCUUCCCGCACAAGAAACUCUGAGUUUGUCGAGAGAUCAUCUUCUGAGAGGUGGUACAUUUGUGGUUGUCGCGUGGACCAUAUCGUGCCCUUCAAGCAUCAGGAACAAGCAAGGCAACGACCAGAAACGGCGUUGGUUGGUGUCGCUGUGGGGCCCAUUCAGGGUAUGCUCGGCCGCCACGCUGACUAUUCAAGAAGAUGGAGGUUGCUUCUCACGUAUGCAGACAACUCGAUUUUGAGUUAUGAGUUGGGAAAGUUUCGGGAUGAACGGGUCAGUAUUCGAGAAUUUGAUGACUUGGUAGUUUAGUGGAAGACAUAUCCGCUUGAAAACAACCUUAUGGAUACCGU